GUAUAUAUCUUUGAUUUUCUCUUGCACACUGGACUGCGCUCCCUCCUCCCUCCCUCUCUCAUCCCAAACAAUGUCUUUCGCUCCCACCAGCCACCUCGGCAAGGUGCUAUCCAUCCACCGUGACAAACCCUCUUCCCCUUCCAACAAAAAACUCUCUCGCCCUUCACUCUUCAAAACCAUCUCUACCACCGUCGCACUCUCCUCCGCCGCCGCCUCCAUCGUCCUCCACUCCACCCCUCUCACCCCCUUCCUCUCCACGGGCGGAGGCGGAGGUGGAGGCACCACCGGCGGAGGAGGAGGUGGAGGUUGGUUCGGCGGCGGCGGAGGCGACGGAAAUGGAGGCUUCUGGUCCAGACUCCUCACCCCGGCGGCGGCCAACGCCGACGAGCCACAGUCCCAGGAGUGGGACUCUCACGGCUUACCGGCCAACAUCACGGUUCAGUUGAACAAGCUGAGCGGCUUCAAAAAGUACAUGAUCUCGGAGAUCCUCUUCUUCGAUCGGAACCGGAGGGCCAAGGUGAGCGCCGACGACUCGUUCAGCGAGAUGGUGUCCCUCCGCCCCGGCGGCGUUUACACCAAGGCGCAGCUGCAGAAGGAGCUGGAGUCUCUCGCCACUUGCGGAAUGUUCGAGAAGGUCGAUUUGCAAGGGAAGACCAACGCCGAUGGAACCCUAUCGUUGACGGUUGCGUUCAGUGAGAGUACUUGGGAGUCAGCUGAUAGGUUCAGGUGUAUCAACGUGGGUUUGAUGCCGCAGACGAAGCCGGUUGAGAUGGACCCUGAUAUGACUGAUAAGGAGAGAAUGGAGUACUAUUUGAGCCAGGAGAGGGACUAUGAGAGGAGAAUUGAUAGGGCUAGGCCGUGCCUUUUGCCCGGUUCGGUGCACCAGGAGAUUAUGCAGAUGCUGAGGAGACAAGGGACUGUGAGUGCUAGGUUGCUUCAGAGGAUUAGGGAUAGGGUUCAAAAGUGGUACCAUGAUGAAGGGUAUGCUUGUGCCCAGGUUGUGAAUUUUGGGAACCUUAACACUAGUGAGGUUGUGUGUGAGGUGGUUGAAGGGGAUAUCACCCAAUUGAGCAUUCAAUAUCAGGAUAAGCUUGGUAAUAUUGUUGAGGGUAACACUCAAGUACCAGUGAUACAGAGAGAGCUUCCCAGACAGCUGCGCCCAGGUUACACUUUUAAUAUUGAAGCAGGGAAGCAAGCUUUGAGAAACAUAAACUCCCUUGCGUUGUUUUCAAAUAUUGAGGUGAAUCCAAGGCCUGAUGAGAAUAAUGAAGGAGGGAUAAUUGUUGAAAUUAAGCUAAAAGAGUUGGAACAGAAGACGGCUGAAGUCAGUACUGAAUGGAGUAUUGUCCCUGGACGAGGAGGGCGCCCCACUUUGGCCUCGCUUCAGCCAGGUGGAACAGUUUCUUUUGAACACCGGAAUCUGCAAGGACUGAAUAGAUCUGUCACUGGUUCUAUAACAACCAGCAACUUCUUGAAUCCUCAGGAUGAUCUUGCAUUUAAGCUAGAGUAUGCACAUCCAUAUUUGGAUGGUGUAUAUUAUCCACGCAAUCGUACUCUCCGUGUAAGCUGCUUCAAUAGCCGAAAGUUGAGUCCAGUAUUCACUGGGGGGCCAGGAGUGGAUGAGGUGCCCCCAAUAUGGGUUGAUCGUGCUGGUCUUAAAGCUAAUAUUACCGAGAAUUUCACACGCCAGAGUAAAUUCACCUAUGGACUUGUAAUGGAAGAGAUUACAACGCGUGAUGAAAGUAGUCAUAUCUGUGCAAGUGGUCAAAGAGUAUUACCUAGCGGAGGAAUAAGUGCAGAUGGACCUCCUACCACUCUCAGUGGUACUGGCAUUGAUCGCAUGGCAUUUCUACAGACAAAUAUCACGCGUGAUAACACACGUUUUGUGAAUGGAACUAUAGUUGGAGAUAGAAAUAUGUUCCAGGUAGAUCAAGGCCUUGGUAUUGGCAGCCAGUUCCCAUUCUUCAAUCGUCACCAGCUUACUUUGACACGCUUCCUCCAGUUGAUGUCUGUGGAGGAAGGGGCUGGUAAACCACCACCACCUGUGCUUGUCCUCCACGGCCGCUAUGGUGGUUGUGUAGGUGACCUUCCAAGUUAUGAUGCUUUUACUCUUGGGGGGCCCUAUUCCGUAAGGGGUUAUAACAUGGGUGAGAUUGGAGCAGCCAGAAAUAUCCUCGAGCUUGCAGCUGAGUUACGGGUACCUGUUAAAGGUACCCACGUGUAUGCAUUUGCAGAACAUGGCAAUGAUCUAGGGAGUUCAAAGAAUGUUAAAGGGAAUCCUACAGAAGUUUACAGGCGAAUGGGUCAUGGGUCGUCUUAUGGUGUUGGUGUCAAGCUUGGUUUAGUCAGAGCAGAAUACGCUGUGGAUCAUAACUCAGGAACUGGUGCAUUGUUUUUCCGUUUUGGAGAGAGGUUUUGAGGUGAAAAUUAGUCACUUGGUAUUUAGAGGGUUUUUGUUCUCUUGGUUUGCUGAAGAAUUCUUGCACACAAUGAUUGAGGCCUGCAUAAGUUUAAAGUGGCCUUGGUGGUAGAGGGGCGGAGUUUACGAAUUUAUCAACACUUAAACUACAUGUGGUACUAGUAACUUGGUUUUUUCCUGUGUUACCUGCAGAAUUGAUAGGAAGUUCUGUGAAAAUAUUAAGAGAGCAGAUUAUGUCGAUUGAUUUUAUUUUUGCGGCUAGUAAGAACAAGUGAAACGCUAUAAUAUUUAUGUGAAUUUUUUUCUGAUAUAAAUAUAAUUUUUCUAA